GCCUUGCAGCUGGUGGCCCUCUGCGGUGGCGGCGGCGCGCGUAGUGGGGUGACAGGCAGCCUGGCUGCAGACGAGCGCCCCGGGGGUGCCUGAGGUGGGAGGAUGUGAUGACGCGCCCCACGCAGCGGGAACUCGGGCCUUUAAAGAGCCCAGGAAACAGCCUCAGCACAAGCGGCGGCUCCUCUGGAGGAAAGCACACCCCAAACGCACAUUAAAGAAGCCAAGCUGUCUGCUUCAAAGAGAAAAGGCAACAUCCUGUCACAGGCCAUGCUCUGGCAAAAACCUACAGCCUCGGAACAAGCCUCGGCCCCGCCACGGCCAUACCAGGGCGUCCGCGUGAAGGAGCCGGUGAAGGAACUGCUGAGGAGGAAGAGAGGCCACGCCAGCAGCGGGGCGGCAGUGACACCUACCGCGGUGGUGCUGCCCCAUCAGCCCCUGGCGACCUACACUGCAGUGGGUCCUUCCUGCCUGGACAUGGAGGUCUCUGCUUCCGCGGUGACGGAGGAGGGGGCCCUGUGUGCCGGGUGGCUCUCCCAGCCCGCCCCGGCCACCCUCCAGCCCCUGGCCCCGUGGACGCCCUACACUGAGUAUGUGUCCCAUGAAGCUGUCAGCUGCCCCUACUCAGCUGACAUGUAUGUGCAGCCCGUGUGCCCCAGCUACACGGUGGUGGGGCCCUCCUCGGUGCUGACGUAUGCCUCCCCGCCACUCAUCACUAAUGUCACGACGAGGAGCUCCGGCACGCCCGCCGUGGGGCCCCCGCUGGAGGGCCCGGAGCACCAGGCCCCCCUCACCUAUUUCCCGUGGCCUCAGCCCCUUUCCACGCUGCCCACCUCCACCCUGCAGUACCAGCCUCCGGCCCCAGCCGUGCCUGGGCCCCAGUUCGUCCAGCUCCCCAUCUCCAUCCCCGAGCCAGUCCUCCAGGACAUGGAAGACCCCAGGAGAGCCGUGGGUUCCCUGACCAUCGACAAGCUGCUUUUGGAGGAAGAGGAUAGCGAUGCCUAUGCGCUCAACCACACUCUCUCCGUGGAAGGCUUCUAGGGCUGGCUCCCCCUGACAGUCCUGUUCCCUGAAACUGGGAUUUAAAAAUGAGCCUGGAAUUGAGCCCCAGGUUCACAUCUGUAUGGAGUAGCCAUUUUAUAACUACAUCUUCCACCCCAAACUAGAAUUGUAGACCUUCCUUCUCCCCUCCCCUCCUUCUCCCCUUCCCUCCCUCCCUCUUACCUUCCU